UGGCUGCUGCUGCCGCCUGCACUGGGCGGACACUGGACCCGAAUGCACCUCGCUUGGCUCCGUGGUCAAAAGACUCCAAAAUACCUACGGAGUAGUAUAUCAAAAUCUACCUGCAAUACCUAGACUCCUGGCCAAUGAUAGCAGCAGUGUCUGAUUACAACUGAUAUCCAUUUCUAUCAUCAGUCUUCAACAACGUCCGUGGCCAGUGCGGUCUGCAGUGCAGUCAGUUCCAGCACCACGGCGCUGUGCAAGGGUGUCGAUUCACCCACCACUGCCCCCCUUCCCAAUCCAGACACGACUAGGUUGCGCUGGGUAAUAAUCGCAAAACUGGCCGGUCACCCUCCCGUCCGCCAGCCAGCCGAGAGCUGCCCUUCUUUUUUUUCUUCCUCUCCCUCCUUUUCCUGGCCCCGACCUCCAUUGUUGACCAAACUUGACAAUUUUCUAUUCUCUGGAAGGGAAUCUCGCGAAUUGCAACCCCAGUGUUGCGAUCGGUAGUCUUGUCUUGUCUUGUCUUGUCUUGUCUGCUCUGCUCUGCUCUGCUUGGGCCUCCCUUCUUGCUCGCCUCUCCCCCCCUCUCUCUCCACUUGCUUUCCGAUAGUCAUUUCAUUCAGCAGCGUCGGGCCCUUGCCUAGCUGUUUUACUGGCCCGGCACACCCACCCCUGGAGCUCGCAUUCUUCCCCAAGAGAACUCCUGCAUCCAUUCAACCACACCCUAACCUUCAAACUAGCACCUGCUGUCUCAAUCCUGCCGACAUCGACAAUCGUCGUCGACUGCCACCACCCGCGCGCGCCCAUUCGUCAAUCGGCCCCCCGCCCCAUUGCAGAGACGAUUGACCACCACCGCAAAGCACCGCAGAGAUGGAUCCAGGCCGACCGAACGAUGUAUCGCCCGAGGCGAUGCAGGCACGCAUCCAGCAGGCGCGUCGCGAGGCUGAGACUCUCAAGGACAGAAUCAAGAGAAAGAAGGAGGAGUUGGCCGACACGACGCUCCGCGCCGUCGCCGCCCAGGCCCACGAGCAGAUCCCAAAGAACCAGCUGAUGAGGACGAAGAGAACACUGAAGGGCCAUCUCGCAAAGAUCUAUGCGAUGCACUGGUCGACCGACCGAAGACACCUCGUUUCUGCUUCACAAGACGGCAAGCUCAUCAUCUGGGACGCCUACACAACAAACAAGGUGCACGCCAUCCCCCUCCGAUCAUCAUGGGUCAUGACCUGCGCCUACGCCCCGAGCGGCAACUACGUCGCCUGCGGUGGUCUCGACAACAUCUGCUCCAUCUACAACCUCAACCAGAGCCGUGACGGGCCCACGCGCGUCGCCAGGGAACUGUCGGGCCACGCCGGCUAUCUUUCCUGCUGCCGUUUCAUCAACGACCGGAGCAUCCUCACCUCGUCGGGCGACAUGACUUGCAUGAAGUGGGACAUCGAGACGGGCACAAAGGUGGUCGAAUUCGCCGACCACUUGGGAGAUGUCAUGAGCAUCAGCUUGAACCCAACAAACCAAAACACUUUCAUCUCGGGUGCCUGCGACGCCUUCGCUAAGCUUUGGGAUAUCCGCGCCGGCAAGGCCGUGCAGACGUUUGCCGGUCACGAAUCCGACAUCAACGCCAUCCAGUUUUUCCCCGACGGCCACUCUUUUGUAACAGGUUCCGAUGAUGCCACCUGCCGAUUAUUCGACAUCCGUGCCGACAGGGAAUUGAACUUUUAUGGGUCCGAGUCGAUCCUGUGCGGUAUCACCUCGGUGGCCACCUCUGUAUCUGGCAGGCUGCUGUUUGCUGGUUAUGAUGAUUUCGAGUGCAAGGUUUGGGAUGUUACCCGGGGUGAAAAGGUUGGCUCUCUCGUAGGCCACGAAAACCGUGUCAGCUGCUUGGGAGUUUCCAACGACGGUAUAAGUUUGUGCACCGGUUCAUGGGACGCUUUCCUCAAGGUUUGGGCCUACUAGAAGCCCAACCGUGUGAUGCCGAUAAACGAACUGUCCUCCCAUAUGGAUACCCGACCCCCACCAAUGAGCCGCCUAAAAGAAGAGAGGAUUAAUCGAGUGCCCCUACUAUGUUGUUUCUAAUUCAAUCUGUCAACACACGCCCUUUUUUUAAUCACACCGAUCCGGCGUGGACUGCACAGGACGAAGUCACGAUAUUACCCCCCUGCGCUUUUCAUUUUUCUUUUGGCCACACAACGACACAAUAACAACAACAACAACAACAACAACUCGCCCUCGCUCACUCACACACAUAUACAUACACAACACGAAAGUCUCGGUUGUCCACUUAUUCUAGUGUGUUUUUGGGUGGUAUAAACUGGGUUUCUUCUCACUUAACUGGCUCCUGGCUUUUAUGUUUUAUUGCGGUGCGGGGGUUAAAUGUUUGUUUUAUUGCAAAAAAAGAUCUUUUUUUUUUUUUUUGCUCUUGACGAAACUAACUUGAGGGCCCGAGGAACAGGAUUGUAUAGGUAGGGAGGGAGGGGA